GUCUGUGACAUCUUCUUCCACAUAUUACUAGAGUCGUAACUAAAGUACUAGUUUUAUUGAGCAUUUGCUUUUUUUCAAAGCGUGUUUGUCGUUUAAUGAUUCUGUUUCCUAACAGCAGAUGAAAGUCAGAAAAUGCACUUCAUAUGUGUUUUUUUCGUUAAAUUUAUGAAAGUUUAAAUUUUCGAACGUUGAUAUAACGUCCAAACAAACGAUACAAAAGUAGUAAAAGUGAAUUCGUGUUUUUCCACUUUUUAUCAGCUUUUCACAUUUCAUUUUUUAUACAGAGUUUUAAUUUAUUUUACUUCAUGUUAUUCAAUUGUUUCAUAAGGUUUCUAUUUACUAUUUACUUUUGCGUUUUGUCUUUUACAUAUUUGUUUCCUUGUAUGCUCCAUCUGAACGAUAGAACUCUAUGGAAAGAGCCAGAGACAGAAAACAGACAGAGAAAGAGAAUGAGUGAGCACUUGUAUUAUCCAGGAGGAUCUGAUCACUUGAAUUGCCCGUGCCCGACCGAAGCAUCUGCAUUUAUUUACUAAUAAAAAGUCAAAUAUCCAAAAGACCUUAUUUUUUUAUGUAACUGGACACACACAAUGAUCGUCGUGAACCAUUCCUUUUGCAUGCACUUUACUUGCUCAAACAUAAAUUCAUAUCCAAAUACAAGAGAUGCUGGAGCUGGGAUACGGAGCCUACACGAGGGGAAUGGGGUUUCUUGAGAUGGAUAAAAAAGCAAACAAAUAAACACAGAGUCUACGCUCGGUUAGAAUAGCGUCUUUUCGCCAACGUGAAUUGAGUUGUUUUUGAGUAUCGUCUACGCUCAUAGCCGACGAACGGUAAAAUGAAGUAGCGCGACUCAUUCUACGUAAGCCAUCCAGAAAAUACACAAAAGAAAUAUACCUUCCUAUGGACAAAGCGGUUGUUGAUCAGAUGGAAUCCCGAUAAAGAAAAGGAGUAAAUUAGACAAAAAUAUACAGGCUACCAUUUAACAAGUGAGUUAUCAUAUACAAAUUUAUUAUAAACACAAUCUGCAUUGACUGAAUACGUGGUCGAG